ACCACCGUCGUUUGCCUUUUUUAAUUAUAUUUUUGUCCUCAUUCGUGCAAUCUUUGCCCAUAAUUUUGUUUAUUUUCUAUAUAUAGGAGUCUCCGCGUUCUAAAAUUUCAGCUGCAUCAGCUUUAUUCAAAAAGCUUCGCACGUACCUAUUGAUCUUCUAUUAAGAGGCUGUCGCUAUGGAAGCUUAUUCUUCUUCUUCUUCUUCUUCGUCGGCUUUACAAGAAGGAAGAGGAGGGUUAAAGGUUGCACAGCCUUUUCAUGCAUCGCUUCAUUCGGUGCGUAAGCCAUUGGCAAAGCCCUUUAAGAAGCCAAUUGCACCACUGCCACCAACACCAUGUAAAAUUUACAGGGUCGACCCUAUAAACUUCCGGGACUUGGUUCAAAAGCUUACUGGUGCACCUGAGUUCAUAUCUCAAUCUCAUCAGCAGUCGUCGUCGUCGUCAUUGUCUCAGCUGCCUCAACAGCGUCUCCAAAGAGUGGCACCUCCCCCUAUUUACGUUGCACCAUCGCCAUUGUCUAGGACAGAAGUUUCUGCACCAUUGCAUCCGCUCUCUGAAUUAGAUCAUAUGAAACCCCAGGACCAGAAAUUCUCAGAUAAUGCGAUAAUUACACCGAACUCACUUGGAUUAAACUUUUCCCCAUCUUCUUAUAAUUGGUUCUCUUUCCCUAUUCUGAGUCCUGGAACCAUGUCCAGCUUGGAGCAAAGCACCGUUCCUUGAAAAUAUAUAUCAGGCACCAAAACUUAAUUACUAUAAAUCCUGAUAGUUAUGGCAAAUUUCGAAGAUGCUUCUCUUUUUUCAUUCUUGCUUAAGCUUAAAGAGAAUGUAUGUAAGAUUAAAACUACAUUCUUUUGUUGUAGUACUUUAAUAACUGGUAGAACUAAUUAUGUUGAACAAGUCUUCAUCUGUUGAUCAUUACAAUAUAUAUGUACCACUUUAUUUUUCUGUAAUUGGUUUCAAGAAGUUCUUUUCCUAGUCUCCCAAGAGUAGUUAUCCCUUUUCAUUUAACACUUGCCUCCCUUCUAUUCUU